AUGCCAGCAUUAUUCAAAAGACUUUUAUUUCAAGUAGGCCCUCAACCUGGUGAAAGAACUUUCACUUUAUCUUCUGUUUCCAAUGACGGACAUUACAUCUCCUUGAGGCCUUUUGUCAAGCCAAAGGGUGACAGUGAAUCGGCUUUUCCAUUUGAAUGGGCCUUUGCCGGUACUAAUGAAACCGUCAAGGUCAAAAACCUGGGUGACGGUGUUGUUACCCAAGACUUCAACUUCUGGCUGGACACUAAUGUGUAUUUGAAUGUUCCAAACACUCAUCGUGGUGAAAUCAACACUACUUGGAAAGAUUGGGACUCCGGCUGUGUUGAAGAAACCGGCUCUGUUUAUCCAUUCGGUGCGGACAAAGAAAGCGUGUCAUUCAGAGAAUUGUGGCAACCAGUUGACCCAUCRAGGGAAGAUUUAGUGAUUGUCUCCCCUAACAAUGAGACGUUUUCAUCGAAUGCCAAAUCAAUCGUUCUCAAGGUCAACGAUGAAGGCUACGACGGUUUAGUUAUUAUUGUUGGUAGAUGGGUUCAGGGUUUCUUGUCCAAAAAAAACCAAAGUACCAUUGACGGUUUGAAUUUUAUCAGAUUACUAGAAAAUGAUUCUGGUAAAUUUGAGUCUUUGUUGAGCUAUGGUGAAGAAGCCAAGAAAAUCCCACAAAGCUACGAAAAUCUAAAGAAGGGCUCCACUAUCACCUCUAACGGGUUAAACUGGGAGGUUAUUGAGUAUCACGUUUGA